UAUAACACAGACUUUCGCCGUAGUGUGUAUGUGAUUGCCAUUCUAUGAAUCUUUCUAUUAUAAUGUAAGGGUGAAGGUUAGAUAACGAUGAAACUCUCGCAGUAGAUCAAAUUCUUAUUUUAUGGAACAAUAAUUAAGUUCAUUUAUUUUCACCGCGCAUAUAAAUGUCCUAUGAUAAGCUUACGUCUAUAAUAGACAAAAAUAAAUUUUAAAAUUGAAUAAUAUAAUUAGCUUGACACAAUCGCUGUGACUAAUGAAUGAAUUAUGAAUCCAUGUUGUGGAGUUUUAACUUAGACCAUCAAAUACAAAUGGUUGUUACUAAAGUGUUGAUAUUUAUGUCCUCCGCUGUUCUUGCUGUGAACUGCUUCCCAUCUCUCAGAGCUCGCAUACCAAAUGGAAACCAUGUACGUAACCCGUGUCCUUCCGGUGGCGUGUGGGAGGCUGUUGGUCACUUUGACCCGAUCGGAUGGGGAGAAUUAAAUCCAUUUGGCUACGACUUCCAAUCAGCUGGCUUUCAGUGGACUGAAUCUCUCUGUAGAUUGGACUCGGACAGUGAUGGGAUGACUAAUGGAUUUGAGCUGGGAGAUCCUACUUGUACCUGGACACCAAACAGCGGCAUUCACUUGAUUCUGAACGCAACGGGACACCCAGGUGUGUGUGAACCGCUCCAGUCUCACCUGUGCACAGAGCAAAUAGAUGUGUGCUCAACUUUGGAUUAAGAGAAGCUGUCAAGGCUUGAUAUUGUGCAACGCUUGUCAAAUUAAAACAUCUCAUUUCCCAAAGAA